GUGAGUCGUGAAGUUCUGAGGGAAGCUGUUUGGUCAACUCUUAUUCAAAACUUUGGGCAGACUUAUUUAACUGCUGUUUUUACAAGCUGAAUCUGUAGUGUCCUGACGAAUUCUGUUCGUACGGGUUACGUGGCUUCCAGACGAGUGUGAAGUGGCGUUUAAAGUGCUCCUCAUGGCAUUAUUUUGGGCGAGAGAGCAGUAAUAAGCAGAGCCCUGUUGAUCAGAUCAGCCAGAGGUCGCAGAACUGCAGUGUAAGCGGUGGUCUCUUAGGACUGUAAAAUGACCGAGUAUAAGUUGGUUGUUGUGGGAGCAGGUGGUGUUGGGAAGAGUGCUUUAACCAUCCAGCUCAUUCAGAAUCACUUUGUGGAUGAAUAUGACCCUACUAUUGAGGACUCUUACAGGAAGCAGGUGGUGAUUGACGGUGAGACGUGUCUGCUGGAUAUCCUGGACACUGCAGGUCAGGAAGAGUACAGCGCAAUGAGGGACCAGUACAUGAGGACAGGAGAGGGUUUCCUCUGUGUCUUUGCCAUAAACAACAGCAAAUCCUUCGCCGAUGUGCAUUUGUACAGAGAACAGAUCAAGCGCGUGAAGGACUCCGAUGAUGUUCCCAUGGUCCUAGUGGGGAACAAGUGUGAUUUGGCCAGAACGGUGGACACCAAGCAAGCUCAGGAACUUGCCAGAAGCUACGGCAUAGAGUUUGUAGAAACUUCUGCCAAGACCAGACAGGGAGUUGAGGAUGCUUUUUACACCCUUGUCCGUGAGAUCCGACAUUAUCGCAUGAAAAAGCUCAACAGUAGAGAAGACCGGAAGCAGGGCUGUCUGGGUGUGUCCUGUGAAGUCAUGUGACUGCACUGCGUCCCCCUUUGUUGUAGUUUUUUAGUUUUUUUAGCAUUUUGUUGACCAGGCAGCUGGAAGCCUCAUGACCGUGUGUGUGUGCGCAGAGUUUGCCCUCUGCUGGCUGAAAGGGAUUCAUGCACAACUGGUCAUCUUUCCCGUUGGCCUGCUGUAAUAGAUAAAUGAGGCCAUUGGACAUUUACGUGUCUUAACCUAGGCUCAUUUGUCUCAUUUAGUACUUGGGUUUUGCCUCUUCCUUGAGAAGAAAAACCUAAACGGGCAUUGAGUUCUUCUUUCUUGACUUCUGACCUGUUAUGAACACAACAACACAUUCAACCACAAAGUUUAAAGAAUGAUUAGGAAAUUAUAUUUUGAAGCUUUUUUCACAUUUUCAUGGACAUUUAUCACUUUCCCCCCUCAAAUUCUCAUCAUAAUGCAUCCAAAUUUUUACAUGCAAUUACUAUUAUUCUCAUUGGUGAUUCCCAUUGUUGUGAUGCAAUACAUUUUACUGUAAUAUGAUGUUUUCUUUUAAUAGGCCUAAAGGCAGUCUAACACCUACUAGUACAAUGCAUAAAUACUUUAGUAUUUUUUUCAUUACAGUAAUGAGAAUUAGGGGGGAGAUGUACUUAAUUGUCAAUAAAUAUGACAAAAAGGUCACAAUGCAAAAACUCGUAAUAGUCCUAAAAAUAGUAUUAAUAUUGUUUACCCAAAAUAUAAGUUCGCAUUUGUUAUUUAGAUUUUUAGGGUGAAACCUGGACCCUUUCUUAGCAGUUUUUAUUUUUUUUAGAUUCACCCAAGAAUUUUUUCAUUACAAGAAGUACAUAUUUCAGGGAAGAGAAGGAAAUUUUUUUUUUUUUUUUUGUGGUAUUUAAAUUGGGAUUAUUGUAAUAUAAGACUAUCACCAUUUAUCUUAAUAUAAAAGCUGUCAUCUUCAGUUUCUCUUUUAAAAUCUCAGACCUGAUGUUGUAAAGGCCUCAGAAGAGAGAACGUGAAAUGCCCAUUAAUCUUAAACCGCAGAUUCAAUGCUCAGGAAUACUGUGAACGCAGAAGUUCUUCAGAAAUGCGUGGGAUUGUUUCUGUUUAUUUCUUUCCCUUUUGCCUCUUUUCUUUUUUUCUUUUUUGUUG